AUGGAGACAUCUCAUCCCGACUUGCGUGAGUCGGUCUAUCAAUGGCAAGAAUAUGUCGAGGAUCUUGAAUGUUACCAGCCCGGCGGGUAUCACCCAACCCACAUUGGCGAUCAACAUUGCAACGGCCGUUAUGAAGUUGUUCAUAAACUGGGAUGGGGAAGCUACUCAACCGUCUGGCUUGCGAGAGAUCACAAGGAGUCAAGAUACGUCGCACUCAAGAUCAUCGUCGCUUCUUCGUCCGAAAACUGUUCUGAAGGAAGGAUACUACGUGGUUUGGCUGCCGGGAAGGCGGACCAUCCCGGCAAGUCAUUUGUUUCGUCGCUCUUAGACGAAUUUUUCAUCGAUGGGCCAAAUGGUCGGCAUCUUUGCAUUGUUAGCGAAGCGGCUGGAUGCAGUCUCGAUCGGUCCAAAAACGGCAGCUCUACUUGGCUAUUUCCGGCUGAUGUGGCCAGGGCUAUAUCCGCGCAGCUUCUGCUGGGGUUGGAAUUUAUUCAUUCGUGUGGCAUCGUACACGGUGAUCUGCAUCCGAGCAAUAUUCUUUUCACGUCUUCAAAUCUCGACGGAUUGACACUGGAGGAACUUUAUCAGCGCAUGGGAGAGCCUCGGAAGGUACCCGUGGAACGCCUGGACAAGCAACCGAAUGGUCCCCAAGCUCCAAAUUAUGCAUUCAUGCCUGCCAUGAUUUUCACGUCAGCUGAAGAUGUCGUGGACGCUCGAGUUGUGAUCGCGGAUUUUGGCGAGGCUUUCGUGAAAACCGAAGAGCGCAAAAAGCUGAAUACUCCUAUUCUUCUUCAACCGCCCGAGGCGUUCUUCAAUGAACAGGUCGACGAGGCUGUCGACGUGUGGACCCUAGGAUGCACGCUCUACAAGGUCCUCGGUGAUGGUCCCCUUUUCGACGGUUUCAUUGCUGUGGACCAAGCAUGGGUCCUUGCCGAGAUGAUAAGCACCCUUGGAAGUCUGCCGAAACGAUGGUGGGAUCAAUGGGAAAUGAAAACCGACUUUCUCCUUGAGGAUGGAUCCUGGAAAAAAGAGACACAUCGUCCUUAUGGUCUGUACUCUCGACCUCUUACCGAGAGACUGAGCAGUAUGGGACGAGGAGAGGAUCCGUCCACUUGUGAAUUUAGUCCGGGAGAGAUGAAUGCCCUUGAGAACUUGCUCAGAGCGAUGCUGACAUAUGAGCCCUCAGAGCGGAUUGAUGCCAGUACUGCCCUGGAAUCAGAAUGGAUGGAGGACUGGGGUCGGCCUGCUAUGCGCAAGCUCGGCUUCCUGACCACCGUCCACUGCUUUUUUGCCAAGUGGUCAACCACAAUAUUUGGUAUCAGUAUCGGCUACGACAUCAAGUUCAGAGCCGAACAGUCAAUUCGUGAUGUUUGA